GAUUUUGACAUUGUUGAACAGAGCUGAGACGCCAUUACAGGGUGUGAGAUCUCUGCUGCGAGACACGUUUGGAGUAUAUUUGGGGAGAAGUGGAGAGACAUUGAAAGUUGGUGAGUCCUGCUAUUGAAAAUAACUUUAAUAUCAAAUGGCUGAGAAAACCGUUCUUGUUGAAAGUUUCCUGAGCUGCCAUGUGUGUUCAGAGACUUUCAGAGAUCCCGUGUCUCUGGGCUGCAACCACAGCUUCUGUUCGAGCUGCCUGCAGAAAUUCUGGGAACAAAGUAAGAACAAAAACUGUCCCAUUUGUAAAAGAAAAUCUUCAAAAGAAUUUCCCAGAGUGAACUUUACACUGAAGGAGCUGGCUGACUCCUUUGCAGAGAGACAGAAAGCUGGAUCAUCUGAGACAGAAAAAGGAGAGAAGAAGGUGGAGGUGGUGUGUAGUAAACAUCCAGAAGAGCCUAGAUUGUUCUGUAUGGAUGAAGAGAGAGCUGUGUGUCCUGUCUGUGAGUUUUCUCUCCACCAGAGUCACAAGGUGGUUCCUGUAGAACAAGCAGUCAGUGAGCUGAAGGACCUGCUGAAAUCUGACUUAGAGUCUCUGCAGGACAAGAGGGACAAAUACAAAGGAGUGGAGGAAACAUACAAGGAAGUGAUUCAAGUGUCCGAGAAGCAGCUGCUGUCCACAGAGAGGCAGAUCAGAGCAGAGUUCAUCAAGCUCCAUCAGUUCCUGAAAGAGGAAGAGGAGUCCAGACUGGCAGCUCUGAGGGAGGAAGAGGAGCUGAAGGGGAAGACUAUCAGCAGAGAGAUGAAGAGCAUUCAGGAGCACAUCUCCUCUCUGUCACACAGUAUCUCUGCUGUUGAAGAAGAGCUGCAGAAACACAACGGGCCCUUCCUCAGCAGUUACAAAGCCACUCAGAGCAGAGCCAGAGUCCAGAGCUCACUGUCAGACCCACAGCUGCUCUCAGGAGCGCUGACAGAUGUGGCCAAACACCUGGGCAACCUGUCCUUCAGAGUCUGGGAGAAGAUGAAGGACCAGGUCCACUUCAGUCCUGUCAUUCUGGACCCAAACACUGCAGACAGCUGGCUCUCUCUGUCUGAUGAUCUGACCAGUGUGAGAGAUGGAGACAAAGAUCAGCAGCUUCCUGAUAAUCCAGAGAGAUUCACUGAGUAUGCUAAUGUUCUGGGCUAUGAGGGCUUCAGCUCAGGGAAACACAGCUGGGAGGUGGAGGUGGGAGAUCAUCCUGGCUGGAAUAUAGGUUUGACUAAAGAGUCAGUUGACAGGAAGGGAGAGAUACCAGGUGCCUCACCAAAAUAUGGAAUCUGGUGUUUAUGGCAUCGCAGUGGAAAAUACACUGAUGGUGAUGGUAAGACUGUCAGAGUGAAGAAGAAUCUCCAGAGGAUCAGAGUCCAGCUGGACUAUGACAGGGGGGAGGUGUCCUUCUACGACCCUGAAGACAUGACUCCCAUCUGCACUCACAGAGAUACUUUCACUGAGAAACUCUUCCCAUAUUUCAGUAUUGGAAAAGCUGGUGAUGCUAAAACUGCUGAUAUCAAAAUCUGUCAAAGUGAGAUUCCUCUGUGAUGUUCAGGAGUGUUGGUUCAGACUUUAUUCUGACUUCGUCUGUCUAGAUCCUUUUGAAAUAAUCAAGGUAAAAAACAACAGAUGAUAAUCAGAAUUACAUU